GAUUGCAAUUGCUAAGCCAACAGACUCAAUGGAAACUUUAAAGCCAAGCAAUAACGGUCUGAAGUACGAUGAGGUGAUAAUACCAGCACCUUGGGGUCACAUCUCAGGUCGCUGGUAUGGUAAUCGAACUGAUAGACCUAUUUUGGCAAUCCACGGCUGGCUGGACAACCUGGGCACCUUUGAUCGACUGAUUCCUCUGCUUCCCGACUACAUAGGAGUGCUCUGCAUUGAUCUUCCCGGACACGGUAGAUCCUCUCGACUUCCGGCGGGUGUGCACUACAAUGUCUACGACUAUGUGUUCAUCAUUCCAAGGGUGAUGAAGGAGUUCGGCUGGUCAAGGGUCUCUUUGAUGGGUCAUUCGCUUGGCGGAGUAAUGAGCUUUAUGUAUGCGGCAAUGGCGCCAGACACAGUCGAUAUGAUCAUAUCACUGGAUGUACUGCUGCCCCGCAGGGUCGAGGAUCCCAGCAAGCUGACAAAGGACAUUGAAGGCUAUAUGGUGGAGGAGAGACGGCAGGCAGAUGGCACAGAGCACGAACCUCCAUCCUUCACCAUUAGUAAGAUGCGUAAUGUUCUUGCCAGAAACAGUAACAACUCGGUGCCACAACACCUGGCCGAUCACAUGCUCCACCGCCAGGUGAAAAAGUCGCAGAUGUACCCGGAGAAGGUGUUUUUCUCUAGAGACGGACGUGUAAAGUUCUAUCAUAUAUUCGACAUUGAAAACGGCCUGGCUGCAGAGAUGGCAAGAAGAAUUCAGAAGAAACCCUAUCUGGUGAUUAAGGGAGCCCUGUCACCAUUUGUUGGACCUCGAUGUGACGAGGCCAUGUCCAUACUGUCCCAGGAUAACCCCCACUUUGAAUUCUACGAGGUGAAAGGAGCCAAGCAUCAUGUCCAUCUUCAUGCAGCAGAGGAUUGUGCCCGCUACAUCGUUCCCUUUAUCAGGAGUCACAGGCCUUCGAGAAGUAGCAAACUGUAGAACAGCUUCUCAAGACUUAUUAGACUUCUUUAUUUUUACAAUCCAAUUAAUUAUCUCAGUGAGAUAUAAGUUAGUUAUAGGAGAAAUUGUGAAACAUCUACGUUGGAGUGUUUUGCCUUGGAUCACUAGAAUAUAGGAGACACGAAACUUCUCCACUCCUGAUCUUAAAGUCUUCUACAAACCUCUUGAAACAUUGAAUAUAUAAAAACCUUUUUGAAAUCGAAAAGCUUUGAUGCAAUAACCUUUGAACAAAUCUAUCGCGAAUUUUGGCAAGCUUCUUAAACAUUAUCUCGAUUACUGAUAAUGCACAUUUUAAACGUUGCUAAUCUACACCGACUUCAAAGUUAAACUUAGUUGAUGCCCGAUUGCUAAAGCUUUCACACCAAAAUUUGCAGUCCAAGACCAGUUAAAUGGUAAUAUUUCAUUGCCAUUAUAGCCAUUAUAGAUUAAUAUAAUAAUAAAAAUGGAGAACCAUA